AGGGGCAUAGCCAGGAAUAUUGACCUGUUAGAAGAAGGAGAUCACUGUACUCAGCUUAUCAGGGGCCUUAGCAGGUGCUGGACUACAACUGCACUUGUCAAGACCUGGACCCUACAAUCUUCUUCUAUAUACCCACAAUUUUACUGUUGUAGCCUCCACCUUCAGCCGGAUAGAUCUCUUCAAAAGAGUGAACUCUCCUGCACAACGAAUGACAUGCAUUGCAUAUAUCCUUUGGGGCCAAUUGCUGUAGGAUGAUUUUAGACUACUUGCGCAUGCACCCACUAUGCGUGAGAGGCGGCGCACCAGGCAAGAGCGUGGGGAUCGCAAAUUAAGUCACUACGCUUUUAUGCGUUGAAGCAGCCUCUUCCCCAAUCUCUUUGCAGCACGAAAAGGGUGGGACUGAGCAUGUGCUAAAAAGUAAGUGGAAAAAUCAUUUCUUCAAAAUGAAGGGGUAUGUAGGGAUGGCGUAAAUUACGAAAAAGGAUA